AUGACAAUGAGGGAUCUUCGUAAUAUUUUGAAUUUCUUUUGUUUCCUCGUGGGAAUUUUCACCGUAGAAGCACAGGGAUAUUACAGUAACUAUUACUACUCCUACUACAAGUAUACUUCUAACUCCACAUCUACUAGCUAUAGUGCUCAAAAUUAUAAUACACUAAUUUACAUCGGAGCUAUCAUUGGAGGUUUGGUUUGCAUUGUUGCCAUAGUAAUUAUUGUUGUUGCCUGCAUAUGUUGUCGAAGAAAACAAGGAGCAGCGGGCACUGUUAUCCACUCAACAUCAAAUCCUACCAAUGUCGUAUUUAACACCUCACAAUCUGAGCAGCAUUUUCAUGGAUCACAUCCACAUCAGCCUACGUUCCAGGGACAUCAACAGAAUACUUCACAGUUACAGUCCCAGCCUCUUUCCCAAGGAUUUCAUUCCCAACAGCCACUUCAACUGAGUGCAGGAAAUAUUUCACCAUCACCAUCCCCCAACGAUUCCUUUCCUCCGCCAUACUCAAAAGAUCCUCCACCACAGAUGUUAAACAGGGCCACUCCAUCUGCUCCAUCUUUACAAGAUUUGGACAAGUAGAAGAGAGAGAUUUUACAGGAUUCUUACUUCCAGACUGCGUGGCAGGAUUGGUUAUCUCGUUGUUUAGAUGCCAAAAGCGCCAAAAUAUUGUAUUCUAAAUAUGCAAUUAAAUGAAA